ACCAAGAUCAAGACUUGACUUAUCCCAGUGCAUCAACAGCUCAAAAAAUGGAAAACAUCAGUUUUGGACCUGAAAACAUGACUAGAGACACAGCAAAUAACACCACUAUGCAGCAUGAGGGAAUAACAAGUUUAUAUAUCCUUGUGUUAUGCAUUUUCUUCGCCACGUCUGUUGUGGGUCUCAUUGGAAAUGGGCUUGUCAUAUUUUUGACUUGCUGCAGAAUGAAGACGACUGUCAACUCCAUUUGGUUUCUAAACUUGGCGAUCGCAGACUUCAUCUCCAUUUCAAUCUCAUGCAUAGUCUCGGGUUUGGACCAGUUGCACAGUCAUUUCUUAAUUCGCAUUUUCUUAAUGUCGUUAAAUGUGUUUGCUAGUAUUUUUUUUCUAGUUGUUAUCAGUCUGGACCGAUGCCUGUGCACAUGGAUGGUUGUUUGGGCUAAAAAUAAAAGAACUGUACUCAAAGCCAGGAUCACCUGCAUGAUUGUGUGGGUUUCAUCCAUCGGCUGCAGCAUUCCUAUCUUUAAAGUCAAUAUAUUUAACUUUAGGUUUCUGAUCACAUAUGAAUUUACAGUGGCCUUCCUCAUUCCCUUUCUGAUCAUUGCAUCUUCAUAUAUAGCUAUUGGAGUACGAAUGAAACGUUUUAAAAGAAAACAGUUCAGGUCGUACCGGGUCAUUAUAACCGUAAUCCUGGCUUUUUUCAUAUGUUGGUCUCCAUACCAUGCUUGUUGUUUUUAUUUUAUAACUGCAUUAGAAAAUGACUGGAGUAUCAGUGAUGUAUCUGUUAUAGCAGUGAUUGUCAGUACAUACUUGGUUCAUCUAAACAGCUGCUUGAACCCCUUUCUCUAUGUGUUUAUGUGUGAUGAGUAUAAGAAGAAGCUUAAACAGUCUCUGCAGCUGGUGCUGGAGACGGCUUUUGCUGAAGAUCAUCUGGACUUCAAGGCAGCUGGAAAGCGGCAAGCAGCACAAUAAAGCCAAGCUUAAAUUGUAGAAAACUAGUCUCUAAAUGAUUGUGAACAUCAUUACUAUAUUAUUAUCAUCAUUGCAACAACCUGGGUCUAAUCCAGCACCUUUAUAGUCCUUACAGUACUUUGCCAAAAAAUGCUUUUAUAAAACAGCAAUUUCAAAAUGUAUGUUUGAGACAAGACUGUGUGUAAAUUGUGUUCUAAAACCAAACAAAGUCUCUUUAAAUAGGCCAAUUUCAGAUCAUUGCUGUGAUCCUGGCCUUUUUUGUAUGUUGGCUUCCAUUGCAUGUUUGUGACUUUUAUGUGGUAAUUGCAACCAAGAUAAAGGAGUUGAAAGUGUAAAUUUGGCCAGCAGAGCAAUAGCUUAAUUCCUGAUUUUGUCGAACAUCUGUGUGAACCCCAUUCUCUACAUGUUCAUGUGUGAGGACUACAAGCAAAAGCUUAAACAGUUCCUGCUCCUGGUGCUGGAAACAGCGUUCACUGAAGAUCAUAACCUUCAGAAUCAAACAGGAGACAAAAAAACACUUGCUCCUCCAAACCUAAUAGAUGCAAGGACGAAACAAGACUUUGAGAUCAUAUUUGCUUAUAAUUCAACUCUGUGUACUACUAUUUUGCUCAUUUUGUCUGACCUUCAUUUUAAAUAAAAAUGCCAAAAAGCUUGAAUAUGGUCAGUUGCUGUCAAAGUGUGGCUUGGAAUUACAUGCAUUUAACAGAUACUUUAUUCAGUUUAUUCAAUGAACACAUCAAAAUCAUUUUCACUACUGUAGAUUUAUUUGAAGCUCUUGAGAGUCUGUAUUUAAAGAAAAAUAAAGACAUUACAAAAUCAUUCAGUUCAGCUCUCAUUCAAAAUUCUCGUUUUUCAC